UUUUUGCAUAUCCGGAUGGCAAGUCGGCCAUUUUUUUCUCUUCUCCAAUUUGUUGUGUUUGAGGUACACAAUGUCUGCCCAUUUAGUGUGGAGUAUUAUCCGCAAUAAUAACGCUUUUUUGCGUAAAAAGCGCAACAUUGGGAAACCUUUCAGUACUGAACCCAACAAUUUGACAAACGUGAGUUCGUACAGAUACAAUGGCUUGAUCCACAAAAAAACUGUGGGUAUUGUGGACGCACCUGAUAAGAAAGGCUUCACCGUCGUGUACAAAAAGUCUAAUAAACAGAAUAAGCCAAGGCAAUGUAUUGUGAAAAGGACGAUGAAAUCGGGGCCUAGGAGGUCUUUGGCCAAGCUGGAAAGGCUUUUGAAGGCCAACAAAUACCGAACUGACUUGACCAAGGCGGCCCUUCGCAGAGCCAGCGCCGUUCUCAGGUCACAGAAACCUCUACCCGCCAAAAAACCAAAGGCGAAGAAACAAGAAUAACUUUGAUUUAAAUAAAGUUUCGUAUUAUAA